GUUGUAGUAUAGUGGUAAGUAUUCCCGCCUGUCACGCGGGUGACCCGGGUUCGAUCCCCGGCAACGGCGAUUUUUUUAUUUUUUUUUGGUUUUUUUAAGUGUUUUCCCGCAAAACAUGAGGAACGAGUCGCUGAGUUUGAGUUUGAGCUCCAUGUCGCUUUCGUUCUAAAAAAUUUUCACUUUGGCAUUCCUUUCUCGUUCAUCUUCUUCCUCUCUCUCUCUUCUGUGUCUUUUAGUAAUCAAUAAUCAAUGGCGUUUCCUCUUUUUUUCAAGAAAAUUGUAGAGUGAAUCUGUAUUGCCUGGGUCAAGAUAUCUAGUAAUUUAAUUUAUGAGCAGAGAUUUACUACCAGCGACCACUGCCUUGUUCUUGACACCAACUCCACAGUCCACACACGCAGCUGAAGAGUAACCUCACUCAACUCUACUCUCCUCUCCUCCUUCCCUACAACUACUCCACUACAGUGAUUUUCUUCUUCUGCUCGCAUUACCUCUGGGAGUACCUCCACCGGCCGCUCCUCCUCGCCCCCUAUUGCCGCCAAACCUGCAAAACGAAGCAGUCUAGUUAUUCUUUUGAUCAAGAUUAGUAAUGGAAACGGACGAGUCCCAGCGAGUGCUCCCCUUUCAGUUGCAGUUUGAUAAACCGCUAGCUUCUCAGAUUGUGUUAGCGGAAUGGAAUCCGGAGAAAGACUUACUGGCAAUGGUCACAGAGGACUCCAAGCUUUUGCUGCAUCGUUUUAAUUGGCAGAGAUUAUGGACAAUCUCACCUGGAAGAUGUAUAACAUCUUUAUGCUGGCGACCAGAUGGUAAAGCUAUAGCCGUUGGGCUUGAAGAUGGAACUGUUUCAUUGCAUGAUGUUGAAAAUGGAAAGCUACUUAGAAGCUUAAAAUCCCAUAAUGUUGCUGUUGUUUGUCUAAACUGGGAGGAGGAUGGACAUAUUAAAGAUGAUUUUGGUAGCAUGUCAACAUAUGAAGAUCGUACUUCUCGCUUCUUCCCACCAGCUCCAAGAGCUCCUCGGAUACAAGGAUUGGUUUCUGGAGACGCUGGCUUCAUGGAUGAUAGUGAAGAUUCAUUUCAAGACCUGUCAAGCUCUUCACAACAACGCUUUAAUAUUCUUUGCAGCGGAGAUAAAGAUGGAAUCAUCUGCUUUAGUAUAUUUGGAAGCUUUCCAAUUGGCAAAAUUAACAUACAUGAGUGUUGCGUUCCCUCAUCUGAUACACAAGCUAAAUGCAGACUUCAAAAUGCUUCCAUUUACAAGGUUGCCUUGUCUAAAGAUCUUUGCCGUCUGAUAGUCAUAUGCUCGGGAGAAUUAAUUAAUAACAGGGAAGAAUCAGAAAACAAGAAAAUGGCUGAGCGUGGUAUACAUGGAUUGCAUUGUUUGGCACUUGAUACUUCGAUAUUUUGGAAGAGGAAAAAUGAACUCCAUCAAGUGGCUCAACAAGCUUCUAACAUUGAAGAAUUGACUGAGGUUAUCCGAGCAUCACUAUCAAUUAUGUCCAAACAGUGGUCUGAUGCUAUGCACACUUUUCAUGAAAAGUUUGAUUCUAUAUCUGAUCUAAUUGUUAGCCACGGACUUGAUUCCUCUUCUCAAGAGGAGUUUUUAAGCCUUCUAGGUGGUGCUCGGACCAGUCCACCAAUCCAUCAAUUUCUAGUGAAUUCUCUUGGUGAAGCGGGGGCGAAGCGUGUGUCAAAGGUUGUCUGUGGUGCUGGAAAAGAACUUCAGCAUAUUGUCCUAAAUCAUCUCCAGCCUGCUGCAGAAAUUAUUGGAUUCCGAAUUGGAGAACUAAGAGGUCUUUCAAGAUGGCGUGCGCGCUACCAGAGCAUAGGUUUAGACGAGACGCUCAUCAGUAAUGCAGCAGAUAAAGUCGGGAUGAUAAUUGUACAAGUUGAAUGGUUUAUGAGGUUGCUUUCAUCUGUGGUGCAGCAGUUCUCAAAUUUCUUCAACUGGCUUUUGAAAUGUAUUAGGAUACUUAUGCAAGAACCUAGUGAUCAGCUUCUACCGUACAAUAGUGAACUUGUUGUUAUAUUCCUGAAGUUUCUAUAUGAUCAAGAUCCUGUUAAGCAGUUGCUGGAAGCAUCCAAUGCUGAUCAAAUUAUUGAUAUUGAUCUGGAAACAAUGCAGAGAGUCAAAGAAUUGUCUCACUUUGGGGGAUUUUCAGAUUGUGAAUAUCUGCGAAGGACAUUAGCUAAACAAUUUCAUCAGAUGGAGUCUAGUUUCAAGGAGGCUUUUCUGAUGCCCUUUACUUCAAUUUCAAGAAAGAUACUUUGUGUGGAUUUAUUGCCGCUUGCCCCCCUUCCCCCUUCUUCAGUAUCUCUGAAAGUUCCUACUUCCAUAUCUUACUAUGAGGGUGCUUUUCAAGCCAUCUCUUAUGAGCAGACUUGUCAAGGCAGGUUUGUGGAUUUCAUAUCUUUCCAAAUACCAGAAGAUUCUUUCUCCAAUAUUGCAAAUUGUAUAGCCAUAGUCAGGGGGUUUACUCAUGACUCAAGCUCUCUGAAGAAGGGCUAUACUUCAUUGGAAGCUCUGUUGUUGCACAUCCCUGAUGGCUAUCACUGUGUGGAUAUAUCCUUGUAUAAGGAAAGUCAAAUUGUAUUGCUAUUGAAUGAUACAACUACCAGUUCUGAAAGCUCUGGAGAUGCCUGUAUGUUGAUUGUGCAAGCAGCUGAUCUUCCAUUUGCAUCAAUCUCAAGAUCCACUUGUAUAGACUUUUGGAAGUUGCAUGAACUAAAGGACAAUAUUAUUUACUUGCAAAUGGAGAAUGAGAAGGUUCGGAGUAUUCCUCAUUCUGUGAUUGCUCCUCUGGCAGUUAGCUCGUCAAGAGGCGUGGCUUGUGUUUUUGCUGCAAGAAAGCGUGCAUUGGUGUAUAUAUUAGAGGAGGAUGAGGAUGAGGUCUCAGAAACAGAAUGACUGGCCAUUAUGAUAUAAGUGGUAACCUUUUUGGUGAAUUUUUGUUAAUUUAACCGGAAGCACAAGUAUGUUAUAUGGUUUUGUUUGAUUUUUACUUUACGUUUCUCACCAUAUCCAUGCUCCUUGAUUAGGAGCAAUUCUGUUGUAAAUUGGAAACAUGAUAUAAAUCAAAUGUUCAAUUUAUUUUGAACAAUUUGUCAAAUAUGAAUCACACAACUAUAAUGAGCUUAAGGGGUUUGACCACAUGGUGCUUGACAGGUCAAAAA